AUUGUUUGCUUGCUUGGUGAUGAAAUUGCUUCAAUACCUAAUGGAAGAACAGGCUUUGUCUUUGAUCAAACCAACUAGUACUUAGCUCAUAGAAAAGUGCUGAAUUCAAAUGCCUCCAGGCUCCUGCCUUUUUUUCCGGGUCUGGAUUUGUUUAACUUCAGGACAAGUCUGAGUGAAAGUUCACACUCCUGUGAGUCUAGUUUGACAGCUUCUAGACACCCAAACUGUCCCUUUCUAGGAUUUUCCAAGCAAAUCUCGAAAUUUAGUUUGUCUCCAGGCUCCAGCUUUUUUUCCAGGGUUGGAUUGGGUUAACUUCAGGACAAGUUUGAGAGUGCAACUCACGCUCCUGUGAGUCUAGGGUUUUCCAAGCCAAUCCCGAAUUUAGUUUGUCUCCAGGCCCCUUCUCGUUACUAGAAAACAUCCCAAAUUUUCCAUGGUUUUCACUUGUCAGUCCAAUGCAUGGCCACCAGCAACGUGUCUCUCUGACAGUUUUUGCCUGUUUACCAUUCCCAUAACGCCAAGUGUCAUAGCCAAAAACCCAAAAACCAGUCUCCAAUGCUUGUUGCUGCAAUUUUAUGGCACAUGAAUCGGACCUAAACCGCCUAAAGCUAAGCUGAUACACCUGAUCAUCGGAUCUUUUUUCACCAAAAGCUAGCCAUGGGGCUUUCACCUAUCUCAGCAAACAAUGUAGUUAAACCACGUGGGUCUAAUGCCAACCAAAGAAACGCUCUCGACCUUGGACAACCAGUAGAAAAGGGAAAGAAGAGGUGAAAGAGUUUUUGAAUGAUUCUUCACUUCACCAGAUGUCCCUUUUUUUGGAAAAAAACAACCAAAUUUGUUUUAGAAUUAAGCAGCUUGUCAGAGCCUUUGCCUCUUUUCAAUGUUUGAUGUGAACCAAAAGAUUUUUAAAUUUUUUUAAUUUCUUUUCCCUUCCCCCAAGCAAAUAUCCAUAUUCUGAUAAGCUUUUCAAUCUCCAUUGUCAACUUUGUUUGAUCCUCUGACGGGUAAACCGUUUCUUCUCCAUGAAAAUUGCUUUGUUUGAUGUGAAAGGGAUAGUACUGGAGGGAGACUGUGAUUUGUUUUUCUUGACUUUUUAACAGCUUUGCUUUUGUUAGGAUCUGAUUUUUUCCGUUUAGAUUUAUAUCAGAUAGAAAACAAAAGUUUUCAACUCUUUGCCACCUUUUCCUUUACACGGGCAUCAUGGGACUUUUGACCCAAGUUUUCCCUAAUGCUUCUUAUUUAUUAAUGGUUUUGCCAGCUUCAACCCUUUCCUUGCUUUAACAGGGUUUCUUUGGUUGUUAUCUUCUUUUAGCAGAUUGAGACCAGAUUAAAGGGUAUGGAGCUAAGUUUUGCACCAAAGAGUAUGCAGAUGUCAAUGCUCAAACUCCCCCCAAAACCAGCCUCUUUCAUCUCCUCUGUAUGGUUUGCAACUCAUGGUGGACGCAGCCAACCUUUGGCCUAUUGCUUGGUCCAUCGUUCGACUCUUUUUAGCUCAAGAAAGUUUAGAGGUCCUAACCUGAAACUUGCUUGCUGUGUAAGAUUCAAUGAUUUCUCCGAUGGAGAAUCGUCGGAAUGGUUUGGAAGAGAUUUUCAGCUUUUUUAUUAUACCAAAGAUGAAGAAAACUAUGAAGAGGAACCUGCCCCAGCAGUUUAUGAAGAAGGUGGUGAGGAGGGCAAAGAGAUGGAUUUGUCAAUGCAGCUUUUACCAUCGAAGGUUGAGUUUCUCGAGCCUUAUCUGCUUGGAAUCACGCCGGAGCCACCUUACUGGCCUGAGAGAGAUGAAGUCAGCAGGAUCAGCAUUGAGCAUAAAGCAAACAGUCUUGACAUCCCCCUUUCUCUGAGGAUCUUAAAGAAGCAAAGAUGGAAAGAGGGUUUUGUGGAUGCAGGGGAGUAUGCAUAUUGCUCUGUGAAAAAUGCUUUUUCUUCACUGGUGUUCAUCAUUCGAGAGCUACAGAACCACACAUGGCAGAUAAGAGAGAAUCUACAGCCUGAAGAUUUGCGGGUGAUUCUGACUAAGAUGCAAGGAGACUUGAAUUCCAUGUUUGUGUGGCUGUUCCAACAAGUGUUCUCGAAAACACCCACACUUAUGGUCUAUUUGAUGCUUCUUUUGGCUAAUUUCUCUAUACAUUCCAUGGCUACUCAACAACCAAGUACCACUCAAAAGGCUAUUGCAGCAACCAUGUCUCUUACAGAGGAAGAGAGUGAAGAAACGUCCGGGUGUGGUUCUUCUACUUCACUACAACAUACUAGCGGAGAGCCAGGUUUAUGGAAGUCAAUGGUGGAGGAGGCUGCAAGAAUGCAAGGAGGACAUCAUCAGAAGAUAAAUUUGCAGUUCAGACCAGAUAACCAUGAGGAGCUUGUCAAAACAAAUAUCGUUUACCAGAUGUGUAUAGCUGAGGAGCCGACUAAUCCUCUUCUGGUUGUAAAUUAUGCCCGGUUUCUUUACCUUGUUGCCCAUGACCAUGACAGGGCAGAGGAGUGGUUCAAACGUGCUAUUCAGAUCGAACCACCAGACGCAGAGGCAUUAGGUCAAUACGCUGACUUCUUGUGGAAGGUGAGGAAUGACCAUUGGGAGGCAGAAGAAAGAUACCUGCAAGCAGUUGCAGCUGACCCUGAAAACCCUCACUAUGCAUCCAAGUAUGCCGAUUUCCUGUGGAGCACUGGUGCUAAAGAUAUCUGUUUCCCUCUCAGCUCUCCUCAUGACAGCUAUGACAAAGUUUCUUAAUCUAGUAGAAAUAGGAUUGAUCAUAAAAGCAAUAAGUUUUCCCCCCUGGAAUUUUUGUUCAUCUGAUCCUUCUGGCAUUCGUGUAUCCGAUCAGACCAAUACCGUAAGACAUGUCACCUUAUUGGCUAUCAAUGCAGUCAACUAAAUAUGUAAGAAAGAAACUCCCAAAAGAAUUUGUUGCACAAAUGUAGAUGCAUAAAUUUGUAAUACUAUUGGAAUAUAAACCUGGUAUGAUAUCAAAGGCUUCUGCCAAGAAAUUCCUUCUUGUUCUAUAUAAAUAUAUGGGUUAAUGCAGAUGGAUACGGCGGUAACGCUGAGUUUUACAGUACUGUUCUUGGCCUGUCCAGUCCAGCCAUUGUCAGCUUAAACCUCGUAAAAGUAGUAUCACACUCCAAAGCUUAACAUGGAUGAGUUACCACACAAUCUUAAAAUAAUGAGAACUUAAACUGAAAUUAUUGCUAAAAUCUUUAGCUCUAAUUUAUUGUGAUGGAUAGCUCAAUAAGGAUGGUUUCCUCACUAAGUUAUCUUCUUGAUAUCGAAGGACAUGGUUCAAGUCAAAGGAAAAGAUUAAUGGGAUGAAAUUUAAUGUGAAUUUUUUGACAAAAAGACUAAUGUUUUAAUCAAGUUGACAAAUACGGUAGGUAUUACCGUUGAUAAAUUUGACAAAAUUCACUAUAUCCAUUGAGUCGGAGACAUCUUAAACAUAUAAUAUAAACAAUGUUUUUAUCUAAUAUCAAUUUAAUUUUCAAUUGAAAACCUGUAUUUUUGUUUACGAGACUUCAAAAUUAUUUGUAAUUAUCUAUCUAUAUCCGAGAUUUGCACUAAUUAAUUAAUAUGAACAAAGCAUCUGUACCUUGAGGGUAAUGGCAAGAAUCUUGGGUUUGUAUGUGCAAAAAUUAUUAAGAUUAGCGACGUGAUCUUUCACCAUUGACAAGGAAACCCUUUUCCCUCAUCCCGUGACUGAGCAAACUUACUUUGUUGCUGGAAAGGGGCAAUGUCCCUAUAGCCAGAUGAUUUUUGAUGAGAUUUUUAUUUUCCAUGUUAGCUAGCGAAACACAAUAAUAGGAAUGCGAAGAACAUCUCAUUAGAUCUCCAGAACCAGAGACCAAAAAAGGCUUCAAGCAGUAAUCUCGAAUGGCGACCGCCAUCGUUGUUAAGAGUACAAGAAAACCAGGCUCCAAGAGCCGCAGGGCCAAAAAAGCUGUAUCCCCAAAACAUAUAAGCUAUUUUCAAUAUUAUACAACUCAAGACAAAAAAAAAGAAAAAA